AUGGGCAGAGUUCUUGAUGCCAAUGAUGAUGGUGGGUGUUUCGAUAGAAUAAUGGAUGCGAUCAAGUUAGUGGAAGAAAGUAUUCUGACUGCUUUUGUGCAACAUGUAAGAGCUGAAGCCAUGAGCAAGCAUGAUGACCGACUUGCUACAUCAGUGCCCAAGAAAAGCAAGGGCCAUGGACAACGCCAAGACAAGAAACCUCUUUCUCCUUUUGGUAACAGUACUAAAGAUGAAAAGAAGAAAAUGAAAUUGCUGAAGAGACCAAACAGGACCUGUUUUACAAAUUUUGGUUUCGAGAUGCCACCUGACAUGCCUGAUGAGUGGUGGGAUAAAAUUCGAACAAAAGGAGGCACUGAUGUGAAGUUGGUGAUAAUGAAACAGAUGUUUGCUACUGAUUUAAAUCCUCACCAUGAUCGUUUGUCAAUUCCUUUUAAGCAGAUAAGAGAUUCCAUUUUUCUUACAGAGGAUGAGAAGAGCAAGUUAAAGGAGCAGAAGGAGAACAUACCUGUUACACUUAUGGAACCUUGUGGUGAUGAGUCUAAGAUAUUGCUAAGGCAGUGGAAUUUGAAAAGUAGUAGUACCUAUGUGUUGACAUCGAGUUGGAAGAAAGUCUUGGAAAGGAAUCAUCAGGGAUCAUCAUGGAAAUUCAAACAAAACAACAUAGUGCAGCUUUGGUCUUUUAGGCGCAAUGGAGAACUCUGGUUGGCACUGUUUAAGGUUGGGGACAAUGGCAGUAAAGGGGAGAAUGGGGAUGGUGCAAGUCAGCAUCCCAGCCAGUUUAUAUGCUCUUGCUCUCUUUUUAGUCUUCCUUAUAUCAACAGGGUUUUCCAGAUUGAUAAAGGCACUGUGAUGGAUAGUGGAUGCAAACUGAAGAGUUGCAGGAUAAACUUAGUGUCCCUUUGA